AUGAGCUUAAGUCUUAACCGGCGUAUCUUGGGCCAAGCCCACCAAAAUCCAGUUGCAGUCGAGUUUCAUAAAAGUAAUUGGCAAAAAAUUGUUAAGCAGAUAAAGUCGAAAGGCAUGCGGCCUGGUGUGGCUUUAAAGCCAGGAACACCAGUGCGCACACUGAGAGAAAAGUAUCUGAAGCUUGAUAUAGACGUAGAUGGAGGUUUAGGGCCUUCAACCAUUGAUGAGGCAGCUGCUGCAGGCGCAAACUGCAUUCUUGCUAGCAGUUCAGUUUUUGGAGACCUGACUCGAGUUAUAUCCCUACUCAGAGCAUCUGUCAACAACAACAACCGCUUCAAAACUUUAUAA